CCAACAAGAUGUAUCAAGCAUUUAACUUUCAACCUCUUGACGUGAGUUACUGGAGCAGAAGUGAAUCUCCAGACUCAUGGAGAUCAAUAAUAUCUUCUCCAAACAGCUCCUUAAACUCCAGUCUUCGUUCUUCUCCUCCUCCAACUCCAACAGAUGUUCUCCAUGCUUCAGAAAGUUUAAUAUCUCCUGUUCCUGUCUCAAGACAUCUUUCCUUCUCCAUAGAAAAUAUUCUUAAACCUUACAUAAAGAUAAAUUCUAAACCUAAACCUGAAAACAUCAAGGUUCAGAGUCCAGAGAUAGAGGUUCCAGUGGAUUUAUCUAAAACCUCUAAUGAAGCUCCAAGGACGGAUCCAGACUGUCCUCCAGGUAUGGUUCGAGGACCCAACGGUCAGCUGUGGCCAGCCUGGGUUUUCUGUACAAGAUAUUCAGACAGACCGUCCUCUGGUCCUCGAGCCAGGAAACUACGGAAGAAGGACGAGGACAAGAGGCCAAGAACAGCAUUUACUGGAGGACAGCUUGAGAGGCUGAGGAAAGAGUUCCAAGGUAACAGAUAUCUAACAGAGGAUAGAAGAAUAAACUUGGCUCGUGAGCUUGGUUUAAGUGAAUCUCAGCUCAAGAUCUGGUUUCAGAACAAGAGAGCUAAACUAAAGAAAUCUACUGGAGACAAAGGACAGUUAGCCAAGAUUCUGGAUGCUCAGGGCCUAUACAACCACUGAACAAAAGAAACUUUUUUCCAUCUGUGAUAAAAAUAAAUUUAUAGAGUUUAUAUAUGCAU